AGGCCAAAAAUGGACCCAGCAUUUUGAUGCCCCCCACAAGGUGAUUCCCUGGGCAGCUGUCCACCUUGCCCAAUGGGCAUUACGCCAGGGGAGGUUAUUUUUGUUUUGCCACAAGCAUUUCAAAAAUAGUAAAAUUGCUCUGGUGAUUGUGUUCGUGUGUAUGAGAGUGUGUGUGUAAAUGAGUGAUGGCUGGUGACAUUACAAGUGCUAGCCAAUUCAUGCCUUGCACUACAGCUGCUCCCCAUUUCAUUUUUCUCUAGAAAUAAUGAAUGUUUCUGAAGUUGAAAUACCUCUGAGAGAUUCCACACACUUCUAUAAGAGUUCCAGUUUUCAUUAUAGCCCACUUUCCUAGUAGAGUUGCUAUCCUUUCAGAAAUAUAUUUGUUCAAGUUGUUUAGGGGAAAAAACCUGCCAGGUAUCAUAAAGCCAUUAAAACAACUUUUUCUCCAUUUCAAAAUGAACCAUGCUGAAAGCUUGCAGAACUGUGUUUUUUUCCAGCAAAUUCCUAAAGAGAAGUAUGCUAGCACUUAACCUGAAAUGCUUCCAAAUCGCUGCAUUCACUCUUUAAAUCAUAAAAUUAUGUAUGGCAAACACAGUUUAAAAAAACCAGUCUCCCUCUUAUUGGCUCCAAUAUCCUUUUAAAAAAAAAAAAAAAACCUUUUUAUUUUGAUGUGUUAAAAAUGAGAAGUCUUUUAUUUUGUUUUGCUGUGAUUGAUUGUACUAAUUUGAAGAGGGAUGGUGAAGUUUGUGUCUUGUAUAACUUUACCUCUGUCUCUUAGGGUAGCUCUCCUUUAUGUAAGUGUGCUGAGGGUAGAUAUUUUUCCUCCCAAUGAAAUUCAAAGGGUGUGUCCAUUUGUUCACUCUGCAGCUGUCAGGAUCUAUUCAUACAUCAUAAUGGGGGCUGUUGACAGCUGAUGUUUCAAACUUUACUGCUUUUCCCUCUGGGGCUAUUCAUGAACUGAGCGCUGGGAGAGACAGUCUGUGGGUUUUACAGUCUCCAUUUCUGGAAACCUGGAAUAAAAGAAAGACUAGCACAUACACUCUGCCUCUCUGGUACGUGAUAUGAAAUGGAUUCAAAAAUGUUACAGAGCAAGCAUUUUGAAUCAGAUGAGUUAUCUCAAAUGCCAGAACAGGAAAAUGGACAAAACGGAGAUGAGCAGAUAGCUGCAGAAAUCAUAGGAAGACGUUUCUGUCCUUCGCUGAUAACCACCCGACCCUGGGAAAGAUUCCAUUUUAUUGGACAUGAGAUAGAGAUAACAGAAGCCACUGACAGUUAUGGAGCUGUGGUUUGGACUUCGGCUCUUGUUCUGUGCCACUUUUUGGAAACGAAUGUGACCUCAUAUAGCAUGGUUGAUAAAAAUGUCAUUGAAAUCGGAGCUGGAACAGGCCUGGUCUCAAUAGUAGCUAGUUUCCUUGGUGCCCACGUGACUGCCACUGACCUGCCUGACAUGCUAGGAAACCUUCAGUACAAUGUUUUCAGAAACACAAAGAUGAGAUGCAAACAUCAGCCUCAAGUGAAAGAACUAUUUUGGGGACUUGACUUGGAGAAGACAUUCCCCCGGUCUUUGUGCCAGUUUGACUACAUCUUGGCUGCUGAUGUUGUCUAUCACCACCCUUAUCUGGAUGAGCUCCUCCUCACCUUUGACCACUUGUGUCAGGACAACACAGUCAUCCUUUGGGCCAUGCAGUUUCGGCAGGAGAAAGAAAACCGGUUUGUGGACAGAGUCCAGAACCUGUUUGACCUGGAAGUGAUUUCUGACUUUCCCAGUUUAAACAUAACCCUGUUUAAGGCAGAGAGAAGACGCAAUGUGAAAUGGUCUCCAGUGACUGCAUCCUGAUUGUUAAUGAAUUGGUUGUUCACUUAACCUAAUAGAUAGCUAGGCUUAGGGACAAACAAAAUGCAGUGUGAGGAGGUCCAUGACUGGAUCUUCCCAUGGUGUCUAAAGUUAAAUGCAACAAUUGGGAAGGAAAUUGGAUGGGGAUCAUGACAUCAGGUUUUUGUUUUUGUUUAUGCUUUUUUCCCCUGGUGUAAAUUUUCUAUUUCAGAACACCUCUUCCCCUGUGUUCCUUGUUAAGUAGAGGAGAACACAUAGAUACCAUUUAGGGCUGUAUGUAAAGGGAAUUUGCAAGAGGAAAAUUACAUAGUGGGGAGAGUUAAAUUCCCCUCACAAGAACUACAGCCUUAUUUGAUUCAGCUUUCCAUCAGUUGCUGUUUACAGACAUGUGGGGAAAUCCAAGUGAUUCUGUACCCACAAGGGUUUGUGUUUGCGUAUUAUUGUUAAGCAUGGUAGAAAGCUGAUCCCACACCUGCAGCCUUUAGUCCAGUCCGCAUCAGAUCUUUUCUGUGAGCCUGUUGCUGCCAAUGUGUGUUAGCUCUCAGAUUCACACUGGCCUUUGGAUAUACAAAUGUUAAGACUUCAGACUUGGAGACACAACCAGUUGUAAUGGGACCUGUACAGCUUUUCUUCCUCCUUACCAGAAACAAGUCAUGACAGACUAAUCUCAUCUCUUGGGUUUUUUUGAUAGAGUGACAGACUUGGUAGAUGAAGGGAAUGUUGUGGAUGUAGCAUACCUUGAUUUUAGUAAGGGUUUGACAAGGUGCCCCAUGAUAUUCUUGCAAGCAAGCUGGAAAGAUGUGGACUACACAGUGCAACUGUUAGAUGGGUGUUGGAAGUUGUUGAAAAAGAAAAAUGCUGGAUACCUCCCUAAUAAAUUUCCUUGCCCAAACAAA